GCCGGCGGGCAGCGCGGACAGCGGCCGGGAUGCGGCUACCGGCCGGCGCGGCGCUCGUAGAAAGGGCCAGAGUAGGGACGAGACGGACCGGGAUGUCCCCGGUGAGGUGCCGAGGGCUACGUUUGUGACACGCUUGUAGGGGCGGAAUUCGUUGAGCAUCACCUGGCCGCCCGGUCCCAAGGCUUUCAGUGGAAAUAGUAUCCAAAGCAGCUUCUCUUAAUUGCCGUGCGCUGACUUCCUUACCUCCUUCAUUAGUGGCCAACUAAUCAUCAGGACCAGAUCGAGAAGCCAGCGAUGACUGACAUGGAUCACCUGGAUCACCUAAUUGUUGGCUAAAGACAGCUCCUUGAGACCCUAUCAGAAUGAUAGACAUAUUAUAAUCAGCAAAUGUGGAAGGAAUAGCUGAAUGAAAGAAUAUUCAAGAAGAAAAUGCUAAAGAAGAGGAAUUAUACAAUUGGGAGGAGGUUUUUCCCUGUUCUCAUUGAGAAUUCUGAACAAAAGCUUGUGCGUUUGGUUUUUCCUGAUCUUGGUACCCGGAGGCUAGGCACGAGAGGAAGUGCCAGGUAUCAUUAUGAUGGAAUCUGUAUCAAGAGAAGUUCUUUCUUCUAUGCCCAGUAUUGCUACCUUCUGGGUGAAAAAAGGGAUCACAGUGGAGAUAUCAUUGCCUUUGAAAAAUCUACUAACUAUAACAGCAUUAUCCAACAAGAAGGAACAUGUGAAAAUCGUUCACCGAUAAAGACAGACCCCAUUGGAUCCCCUUUGUCUGAAUUCAGGAGAUGUCCAUUCUGGGAGCAAGAACUGGCAAAGAAGUACUCCUACAAAAUGAUGGCCUUUCUUGCUGAUGAAUACUACAACUAUUGCCAAGAGAUUUUACAAAACGUGAGGAACCAAGAACUUGAGAGGGUGGAGGACUUGCUCACUUCUUUCUGGAAAUCUCUGCAGCAAGACACAGUCAUGCUUAUGUCAUUGCCUGAUGUGUGCCAGCUCUUUAAAUGCUAUGAUGUGCAGCUGUACAAGGGAAUUGAGGACGUUCUCCUUCAUGACUUUUUGGAAGAUGUUUCUAUUCAGUACCUGAAGUCUGUCCGGUUAUUUAGUAAGAAAUUUAAGCUGUGGCUACUUAAUGCUUUGGAAGGGUUUCCCGCCCUCGUGCAGAUCUCCAAACUCAAAGAAGUUACUGUGUUUGUCAAAAGACUAAGAAGAAAGACAUACCUUUCCAACAUGGCAAAGACUAUGAGAAUGGUAUUGAAAAACAACAAGAGGGUCAAUGUUUUGAAGUCGGAUCUACAUGCCAUCAUCAAUCAAGGUGCUUUGGACACUUCUAAGAAAGCCCCACCGAGUAACCCGUGCAGCACGGCUGACCUGGAGACGCACACGGAGAUGCAAUGUUUAAGCAGUUUGAUUUCUUUGCUGGGGACAUCCACAGACCUCAGUGUAUUCCUGAAUUGUCUGUCUUCAAAUCUCCAAGCAUUUGUCUUCCAGCCAAGCAGAAACAAAGAAGAGUUUAUCAAAUUGGCCGCCAGCUUCCAGCUGAGAUGGAAUUUCCUUCUUACCACUGUGAGCAAAGCCAUGACCCUCUGCCACAGAGAUAGUUUCGGCUCCUGGCAUCUGUUUCAUUUGCUGCUUCUGGAAUAUGUGAUUCAUAUACUUCAGUCAUGCAUAGAAGAGGAAGAGGACGACGAUGAUGUGGGAAAUCUCAAGGAAAUGCUACCAGAUGACCAGUCUCUUGUCCAGCCAGACCAGGCAACCUUCCACCCUCCAGAUUCUUCACCAGCCCUGGCGUAUGACAGCCCACAUAUGGAUCCACAUCGGGUGAUGCUGAAACACAUAAGCCAGAGCCGAUGUCCUAUGGGUGUGAACAGUGUGUUGCUCAGGGUCCUGGGCUUCCUGGUGGACACUGACACGGGUGAUAAGCUCAUCCAGGUAUUGUUGGAGGACAAGGCCACCGAAAGCACCUUCAAACUCAGCCUUCCUGUGGGACAAGAGGCCCUGGUAACUCUAAAAGAUGGACAAAAAUUUGUAAUUCAUGUAUCAGAUGUACCCCAAAGCUCUGAAAAUAUUUUUUUCAGGGAAAGCAACGCUAAUAUAUAAGAUCAUUUCUUAGAAUAGGACAUGAGAAAACAUAGAUUUUCACUCUUAAAAAUAUAUUAAGUGCUAAAGCUUUUGUAUUGAUGAGAAAGAAGAUUUUAUGUACAUAAUAGAGGUAGCAUUGUCUAUUUUGUGUUUAUAUGUAUUUCAAGCAGUUAGUUUAGGUGAAUCAUAUAAACUGAUUUGGAGA